UGUGUUUCCCAGUCCGCUGAGUUUUCCUGAUCCCUCGUCACAUGGUUUGAUCAUUACCGUGGAGAGCACAGGAACUUCUUUGGACUGCCAUCUGAAAUUCAAAUGGACUUGUGGAGGAGGCACGGCAGAGCGGAGUCACGGGGGACCUUCCCUUACUCGGAAGAAGUAACACAAGAGGGAAAAUAAACACAAGGAAGGUGGAGGAAGCGGCUGCGAUGUGCGUGCGACGUCUUCUGGUCAUGGAAGAAGUUUUUUGGGACACUGUUUUUUGGGAUCGCUUCUGUUGAAAUAUGUUAGGAUAUACAAAUUGGGAAAAUAAAUGAACGCUGGAGUUAUUGAUGAAAUUGUAGCCCCUCUGGCAAAGAACUGCCAUACAUUCAUCCUCAGUCUAACAGGCUUUCUACACAACUUUCCAGAUGGGUUGCAGUUGCUGUAGGAUGAUAAAAAGUUACAUCCAUGACCCCUCAAUUCCUGUAGAAGUUCCUGGUCAGAAGCGGGACCCCACCAGCAGCUAUCUGUAUCAAUCUCACAGAUUCCCAGAGGAGGUGGAUCACGUUCACAAGAAGCAGGGCUUCCACAACCUGGCAUACAGCACCCACCCCAGUCCGACCAAACUCGACAUAGACAACAACCACAUCAACCGCCUCCAUGCUAACAUUCCAGCCGAGCAGAUCCUAUCGAGCCCAGCAGAGAGUGACCCGAGUCUUUACAUCCUCCAGCCCGAGAGCGAGGGGACACCCAUAAAAGACGCCCCCACCUUACACACCAACUCACCCAUACAGAACCAGUCUUUGUUGCGAGUAGACCGAUUUCGAGACUCUGGGCUUGGCAGCAGAGGGAUAACAGACGGGACAGAGGGAUCGGAAGGAUAUCCCUAUGGACAGGAGGAUGAAGAUGGGGACAGGAAGAGCGGGCUGGCCGGUAGUCCGGACACGGCCGAUGAGGAGAGUGUGCUGUCUGUGGACAUACACACCAGCAGUACGAGCCUCUCCUCAGCAGACACAAAGCUCAUGAUAGAGGACAGAGAAAAGGAAGAAUCCUCGAUCAUGAGAGGAGAGCAAGAGAGAGGGAAAGAGAUCGAUUGUGUGAGCGUCACAGACUCAAUGGUGGCAGAGGCCCUGGCCGCUCUCGAUGCUGCAACUGCGGGAGAGGAUUCGGAGUGACAGUCAGGUGACGCACUAGUUAAUGGUGACUACAAGGGAGAUUUCCAUACUCGCUCUCUUGCUCACCCUUCAUAUUUGAAUACAGCCAAAUAGUUGUGCUCAUGACAUGAAGCUUUCCUGCAACCUGUCUGUAGUUACUUUUAUUUUGAAUAGAAAAGAAAAAAAAAAUAAUGAAGACUUGAUAAAAGGAACUGCUGGCUGUUUACACAACAAAAACUGACCACUUAUGAGACUUACUUCAGCAAAUGAAGGUCAUCUGUGUGAUUCAGAGGCAUGGACAAACUCAGUUGUCAGACCAAACAGAAAGUACUGUUGCGUGAAUUUCCUCAGUGCUGUUGUGUACACAGCAUCAAAAUGAAAUAAGCUCCGUUUUUUAUUGUCGAAUAUUAUUUCUGCUUCAUAACAUAAUGAAAGUACUUUUCUUCUGUAGUAUCUAUUUGGAGGUGGGGCCAAAUCAAUCUAAGCACUACAUAACAACUAUUUUCAUAUAUUUUCUAAACAAAAAGUGGUGAAAAACAAAUAAGCAAGUGUCCUGGUGUAGGGUUACUUCUGUGCUUAUUGUACUUUUAGAGAAUCAAGUUCAUUCAGUCUCAACAGAUCAAUAUGAUAUUUCUUGCUUGUUACACUGUCAAUGCAUAAUCAGUACCCUCAUAGAGCACAUAAAUGUACAGCAAUAAUUGUGGUGAAUCUCAUGAAAAUAUAUUUCAAACCUAAACUAAAAAAGGAAAUAAUAUUUUGCAUAAAAUGCAAGUUUAUUCUGUUUUUUUAAUGACUGUUCUUAAAUUUAGUUUG